UUUGCAUUCAGUUACAAAAAGUCACUUUCUUACCACUUCUUCCAUAGGCAAACAUGUAAGGAAAGCUUUUUUUUUAAUUAAAGUGGAUGCUGUCAAAAAUGUAUUGAAUUCAAAUGGAUUUACCCAGCCUACYAAGCACUACAGCCACUCUGUGAUGACCAGUURUGCUCUUUUAUUGAGGGAUCUAGUCUAGAUUAAACCUCAUAGGAAGACAGUUUUAUCAUGUGGAGGUUUCAUUCAGGUCUCUGUUUAACGAGAUACUCUGUUUGUCUUUGGCAGGAGAGAUACCAGACUCUCACUCUGACAGCGGGAAGAGUCCUUCAGGGGAACCAGACCCAGAGAUGCCCAAACCAGCGAGACAACACCACUGCUCCCACUGUGAAAAGAGUUUUUGCUGGUUAGGGAACCUAAAACUGCAUGAGAGGACACACACUGGAGAAAAGCCUUUCCAAUGCUCCCAGUGUGGAAAGAGCUUUGCUGUGUUAGCUAACCUGAAAAGGCACGAGAGAAUACACACAGGAGAAAAGCCUUAUCACUGUUCCCAAUGUGGAAUGAGUUUUAAUCAGGAUGGGGACCUAAAAGCUCAUAAGAGGAAACACACAGGAGAAAAGCCUUUCCAAUGUUCCCAGUGUGGAAAGAGUUUUACUAAGAUAGGGCAAUUAAAAGAACAUGAGAGAAUACACAAAGGAGAAAAGCCAUUCCAAUGUUCCCAUUGUGGAAAGAGUUUUACUCGGAUAGGAAACCUAAAAAAGCAUGCGAGACUACACACAGGAGAAAAGCCUUACCAAUGUUCUCAGUGUGGAAAGAGUUUUGCCGUGUUAGCUAACCUGAAAAGGCAUGAGAGAAUACACACAGGAGAAAAGCCUCAUCACUGUUCCCACUGUGGAAUGAGUUUUACUCAGUUAUGGGACCUACAAGCUCAUGAGAGGAUACACACAGGAGAAAAGCCUUUCCAAUGUUCCCAGUGUGGAAAGAGUUUUACUCAGAUAGGGCACCUGAAAGCUCAUGAGAGGAUACACACAGGAGAAAAGCCUUACCAAUGUUCCCAAUGUGAAAAGYGUUUUACCAUGUUAACUAACCUGAAAAGGCAUGAGAGAAUACACACAGGAGAAAAGCAUUUUCUGCUCCCAGUGUAAAAAUAGAUUUUCACGAAUGGGACCUUAACACUCAUGAGAGGAUACAGAGGGGAAAAGCCUUUCCAAUGCUCCCAGUCUGGAAAGGGUUUUACCUGGUCAAGUAGCCUGAAGGAGCAUAAGAGGACACACACGAUAAAAGUCCUACCACUGCUCUCUGUGUGGAAGGACAUUCAGAAAACCUGAAAUCAAAUGAGAGAAUAGAAAGGCUGUAUUCUGACUUAUAUUUUUGACUCAGAAUGUGUAUUUUUGUUUAUGCCACAUGAAAUCAUUUUGUGUAUGCUUUCACCUGUCUAUAUAAGGUCCCACAGUUGACAAUGCAUGUCAGAGCAAACACCAAGCAAUGAGGUUGAAGAAAUUGUCCUUAGACCCCGAGACAGGGUUGUCGCUUGGAGUUUGCCAAAAAGGCACCUUAAGGACUCUCAGACCAUGAGAAACAAGAUUCUCUGGUCUGAUGAAACAAAGAUUGAACUCUUUGGCCUGAAUGCAUUUUGGCAACCUCCAAGCUGGUUGUCAUGUGCCUUCCGUCUGACCACUCUACCARAAAGACCUGAUUGGUGGAGUGCUGCAGAGAUGGUUAUCAUUCUGGAAGGUUCUCCCAUUUCCACAGAGAAAAUAGCUCUGUCAGAGUGACCAUCGGGUUCUAGGUCCCUUCCCUGACGAUUGCCCUUCUCCACCGAUUGCUCAGUUCUGCUGGGCGGCCAGCUCUUGGAGGGUUCUUGGUGCGUUCCAAACUUCU